GUGGGGUCGGGGGCAGCUGGGGUAUUCCUGUUUCUCGGGGUUCCUUAAAGCUGCUCGGAUGCCCGCGGGGUUCCCCGCUGCUGCUCAGGGGUCCCCGUUGCCGUCCAGGUCCGUCGCACGCAGCGAUGCCCGCGGAGCCCUUGGUGUGCGCUGACACGGCCACGCGGGUGAGCUCGGUGCUGAACCGCGACGUGAAGCAGUUCGGGAAGAAGCACAUGUUCGACGCCAACGAGGAGACGUGCUGGAACUCGGACCAGGGCGCGUGCCAGUGGGUCACCCUGGAUUUCCCCCGCACCGUCAGAGUCUCACAGCUCCACAUCCAGUUCCAGGGGGGGUUCUCCAGCCGGCUGUGCACGCUGGAAGGCUGCAGAACGGGUGAAGAACUGGCGAAAAUAUCUGACCUGUACCCCGAGGACAACAAUGCCAUGCAGAGAUUCCAGGUGGAGGAGACAGCGCUGGAUAAGUUGAAGAUCACCUUUGAGAACAGCACCGACUUCUUUGGACGCAUCGUGGUGUACCACCUCCAGGUGCUGGGGGAGAGGCUGUAGGGCAGCAGUUGCUCACCCAUCGCAUGCAUUCCCCUGCAGGGGAGCUGCUCAUGUGGGGGAAUGGGACAGCAAACCCCCACCAGCAGUGAUGUGCUGCCCCCAGCUGCAUCCCAAAGCGCUGAUGGAGCGGGGACCCCCACCCCAUGGGAUGGCAGAGCAGGAGGGACGCUCGUGCAGAGUGCUACGUGCUGGAAUUGUGAGCCACCUUUGCUGUCUUUUUUGGUGGGAUGCAGCCUAUGCAGAUGGCUGAAUAAAUGAUGGUGUCCCCCAGCUCCUUCCCAGCUGCUCUUUGGGCAAGUGACAGCCCAGGACUGAGCCCCUCGGUGUGUGCCCUGGACUCAGUGCUGUCAGAAUGAUGGUGUGUGGCUUGGGCAUGGGCGAGGAGGAGAAGCUGCCCCCUCCCUGUGCUUUGAUGCUGGCUGUCUCUUGCCUUUGUUAGCCACCCCUGAACCUGGCUGGUUAUAGUGCUGCAUGUAGGGAGGUCUUGGCAAGCUUAUGGGUGUAAGAGCGAGCCAUGCUCUUCAAAGAGACAGCUCUGGAGAGAAAUUGGGGGCAACAGGAGGGUGCUAGCUUUGAAGAGGUUGAUUGGCCCAGUUCCCCUUGGCAGCUGGUGCUGGGAUCGGAGGGCUGGCUGCUGUGACAGGCCAGGGGGAUGCAACUGGGGCAGCAAACAGGGCUCCAAAUGGCUGCUGUAGAGUUUAUUUCCAAAAAUGCAAUACCUGAAUGCACGCACAAAGCAGCUGAGCCUGGACAGAGCAGAAAUGCAGCUGUCCUGAGGAAUGAGUGUCCCUAGGUGCAAGGCAUUGAGGCCGUGCCACCUUCCAGGAGUGGCAGAAAUCUGCUGCAGUUCACAACUUCCUCCACAUGCUCCUUGCUAGAAGCAUCGUGCUGCUGCCUGUUUUGGGACCGCUGGGUCAGACCACGUUGGUCCCUGAGGAGAGCCCUGGGUCGGCCCAGAGAAGUGCCGGUGCUGCAGCAGUGCAGCGUGAGCCACUGUGUCACUCCAGCCCCUUGUUCUGAAACAGCUUGAGGAUGUGAUUUUCAAUAACCUGUUGGACUAAUGAAGGGAAGAAAGAGAAAUGAAACCCAGAGAAGCCAGGGCUGUUAGAUGCCAGUGUCUCUGCGGGCAGGACCUGGUCUCUGUCUAGUUUCUGUUUUCUAGUGGGAAGCUGGAAAACACCAAUCUCCCCUGCUGCCAGCACAGCUCUGGUUUGGAGGGGGAACAAGAGAAUAGGACCCAUUUUGAUUUUUCUGGCUCAGUUUCUCUGUACGGCAGAGAGCUGUGGUGGAAGGUCAAAAAAAAAAAAA